AUGUCGACCCAACCUCCAGGAGCAGAAGAUUUGCUGUCGCCCUCACUCACGGACAUCAUAGAGUUCCUGAAGCCGGGCGAAGAACCAGACAAAAACGCCCCAGCCCGAGCCCCGGCUAACCAGGUGAACGGGAAAGAUACUCAGCCCGCUGAGGGAUCGGAAUGCGCAAUCCAAACCCUUUACGAGGGGCCGCCCAAAUGCCGGUGCUGCAAGAACUGGGUUGAACAAUACCCCGAUGACUUGCGUAUGGCAAUUGAACAACAACCCCGAACAAAGCAAAGGGCACUGAUAGUACGCAUGGGUAUAAACCACGGCGAUGGUAAGCCUCUGGCACUGCAUUCGGUUGUGAUUCAGAGCCAGUCCCUCAAGGACACGCUUGGCGAGGUUUUUGAGGGCUAUAAGGGAAUUACGCCGUCCCUGAAGAAGGUCGUGUUCAAAGCGCCUUUCCGCCCAUUUUUCUACCGCUGGAGUCGGUUCUGUCAAAUCCUCGAACGCCAAAAGAAAGAAGACCCGACAGCCGCAACGUAUACCCAGCUACUUUUUGAUGUCCUCAAGGCGGAGCUUGCUGAAACGAUGGCAGAGGUUGAUGACCUUCUGCAACAUAGGGUUGUUACCUACCGCAUGCUGUGGGCACUUUUUGAGCCGGGUGUCUGCGUUGUAACAUCAGCAUCGGGCUCCGAGAGAUUUUUCCUAGUGGAGGACUGUGAAUAUAACGACGAGAAAGGCUACCUUGGAGUAGUGGUCCGCUUCGUUGACUGGGAUGGCAAACGGUUUGGUUAUGAUACUGGGUGCCUUGCAAUUUGCGGCUUUGCUGGGACCAAAGCGAUUACGGACCUCGAUGUUUUCCCCGUUGCGUUUCAUCCGUCAAGAGAACAGGCAGAAGCUGCCGCGAUCAGUCGUGGCCGACGGUUCCGCGAGUUGUGUGGCCUUCAAUACAUGGCCUACUCGGGACUGAUCACGUACAAGGUUGGAGACACAACAAUCGAAAAGAAUACUGAUGGUCGCAUCGUCAUCGACGCGAGCUCGUUCUUUCACGCCAUGCCAGGUAGACAAAUCCAUUUGGAGCCCUUGGGAUCAAUCCCGGCUUCACCCCAUAUCGAGGUUGGGGACGACCACCACACACCAGAGGAUCCGGGGCAUUUACUUCUGAGAAUGCACAGGGACAAUCGGUCCGUGUUAUCGAAUCGUAAAAUGAUUGGGAACAUUGCUUCCAAAGAGAACAAUGACGUCGCUGAAGAGGAGCUCCUGGAGAAACAUUUUCUGCUCUGCACGACCUAUGUUCGAGGAUUUUCAUUGAAGUUGAAAAUAUGGGCCGAAUUCGCGCUGGAGGGAAUCAGAACCAUCAACUGGAAUGAUAGCGCAUACCCCCAGUUAAUGUUGCCGGCCGGUUACCGAGAUCUGGUCCUGGCAUUCGUGGAAGGGCAAGCAAACAACAAAGAUGUCUUUGAUGAUGUUAUUGAAGGCAAGGGCCUCGGGGUCAUCAUGCUGUUCGUGGGUAGUCCAGGUACGGGGAAGACACUAACGGCGGAGAGUAUUGCAGACAAGGUUCGGAAGCCCCUGUAUGUCCUCAGUUCUGGGGAACUGGGGCAGGAUGCAGGGGUAGUCGAGCAGCGAUUGCAGGACGCGUUGAAGCUCGCGGAAAAGUGGGACGCGGUUCUCCUUUUCGAUGAGUGCGAUGUCUUCUUGCAAGAGCGGUCGUCCCAUCACCUCGGGCACAACGAGAUUGUGGCCGUUUUUCUUCGAUUGUUGGAAUAUUAUCGUGGCACUUUGAUUAUGACUACUAACCGCGCCGAUUCCAUUGAUAAAGCUUUCCAGAGUCGGAUCCAUCUCACACUGCACUAUCCAGAACUCGAGGCGAGCUCAAUGAACCAAAUUUGGAGGCGAUUUCUUGGUCGCUCAAACUCAGACAUCAAACUGACUGACGAGCAGUACGAGAGACUGUCUCGCUUGUCGUUGAAUGGUCGCCAGAUCAAAAACACUGUCAAGAUCGCGACCCUUCUGGCCUGUCAGCAGAAGCAGCCGCUAGGGAUGGACCAGAUCCGAACCGUUCUGGAGGCUUCGCGGGAGAUUGAUGCUGGAGGCUUGGUUUGA